AUGGAUUCUGCGGCAGCAUUGUCGCCUGGCCCUGGUCCUGUAUCUUCUCCGGCACCUCUGCAUCCCCCGGUUGCUGGUUCCCCGAGUUGGGAGGUUGUGGCACCGGCCGAGGUUGCGGGAGAGGGUGGGGACUUGGUGCUGGUUUAUAAGAAAGAUUCUCUUCCGGCGGGUCCCGUGCCUCUGGCGUCCAUGUCUGUGCCAUAUGGGCAUCAGCCCUCGGUGAUGUCGACCGCUGCGCAGCUGCCCUCUGCUCAGCCGUCCUUCGUUACUCCGGCUCCUGCAGUGUCGGCCCCUGCACCAUCGCCCUCUGUGAUUGUGUCCCCUGCGACUGUGCCCGCUAUGUUGCCGCCCUGCAGUGCCAGGGCGGCAACUGAAGCUGACUGCCAGGACUGA